AUGGGCGCGCGACGAGCCAUGUCGCUCAUGUUCACCGUCCCGGAGCGCUUCGUAGGCUUCGCGCACAUGGAUCAGAAGACCUUCUUUGAACUCUCAGACUGGAUCCUGGCAAACGUCGCAUCACAAAUUACUCCGGACAUAAGUGUGGAAGAAUCGCUCUUCAUCUUCUUGGAUAUCGUGGCGCAAGGGAACAGCUUCAGUACUGUGGCGUAUGGGUGGGAUCAUGACUUGGAGCUUACACAAGGCAUAUUCCUAAACGUCCUUAACGCUCUCACAAUCCUACGCGAGAGUAGGGAAAUCGCCGAUACGUGCCCGCCCUUUACACAAACCCGUAAGCGAUGGGAAGUCGCUCGCAAAUGGAACCAGAAACGAUCUCGCAUGGGCGCCAGUGGUGGCGUUGCCCGGAUAGGCUACGACGAAAUGUGCCGAGAUGGUCUUGAGGUUGACCAAGAGUGCCUGAAAGAAGCCCUGAUGGCGCUGAACAACUUCAUCCAUGAGAACGCGGACCACGAUGAAUCAUGA